AUGUUCAGCUGGAUGAGGAAGAACGAGAAGAAGACUCCUGAGGUGAUCCACACGGUCACCGAGGGGCUGAAGAACCUCUACAAGAAGAAGCUGCUGCCCGUGGAGGAGUUCUACCGCUUCCAUGACUUCCACUCACCGGCCCUGGAGGAUGCCGACUUUGACAACAAGCCCAUGGUGCUGGUGGUGGGGCAGUACUCCACAGGGAAGACCACCUUCAUCAAGUACUUGCUGGAGCAGGACAUCCCGGGCAGCCGCAUCGGGCCCGAGCCCACCACUGACUCCUUCAUUGCGGUCAUGCACGGCGAGACCGAGGGGAUCAUCCCGGGCAAUGCCCUCAUCGUUGACCCCAAGAAACCCUUCCGCAAGCUCAACCCCUUCGGGAACACCUUCCUCAACCGGUUCAUGUGCGCCCACCUGCCCAACCAAGUCCUGGAGAGUAUCAGCCUCAUCGACACCCCGGGGAUCCUGUCGGGAGCCAAGCAGCGUGUGUGCCGGGGCUAUGACUUCCCAGCCGUGCUGCAGUGGUUCGCGGAGCGCGUGGACCGUAUCAUCCUGCUCUUCGACGCCCACAAGCUGGAGAUCUCGGACGAGUUCUCGGAGGCCAUCCGAGCCCUGAAGGGCAACGAGGACAAGAUCCGGGUGGUCCUGAACAAGGCCGACAUGGUGGAUACGCAGCAGCUGAUGCGGGUCUAUGGGGCCCUCAUGUGGUCCCUGGGGAAGGUGUUCAACACCCCCGAGGUGCUGCGUGUCUUCAUUGGCUCCUUCUGGGCCGAGCCGCUGCUCGUCUCCGACAACCGGCGGCUCUUCGAGCUGGAGGAGCAGGACUUGUUCCAGGACAUCCAGAACCUGCCCCGCAACUCGGCCCUCCGCAAGCUCAACGACCUGGUCAAGAGAGCCCGGCUCGUCAGGGUCCACGCCCACAUCAUCAGCCACCUGAAGAAGGAGAUGCCCUCGGUGUUCGGGAAGGACAACAAGAAGAAGCACCUGAUCGCCAAGCUGCCCGUCAUCUUCGCCAAGAUCCAGCUAGAGCAUCACAUCUCGCCCGGCGACUUCCCCGACUGCGGCAAGAUGCAGGAGCUGCUGAUGGUUCACGACUUCACCAAGUUCCACGCGCUGAAGCCGCGGCUGCUGGAGGGGCUGGACGAGAUGCUGACGGGCGACAUCGCCCGGCUGAUGCCCCUACUGCGCCAGGAGGAGCUGGAGACGCCGGAGGGUGCGGUGCAGGGGGGGGCCUUCGACAUCACCCACAACGGCCCCUUCGUGGAGGGCCUGGCCGACGGCGCCUACGAGGGGGCAGACGACGAGGACUGGGUGGUGACCAAGGACAAGCCCAAGUACGACGAGAUCUUCUACAACCUCUCGCCCCUGGACGGGAAGCUGAGCGGCACCAAGGCCAAGAGCUGGAUGGUGGCCACCAAGCUGCCCAACUCGGUGCUCGGCAAGAUCUGGAAGCUGAGCGACGUGGACCGGGACGGCAUGCUGGACGACGAGGAGUUCGCCCUGGCCAGCCACCUCAUUGAGGUCAAGCUGGAGGGGCACGGCCUGCCCGCCGACCUGCCCCGCCACCUGGUGCCCCCCUCCAAGAGAAGGCAGAAGGGCUCGGCCGAGUAA